AGUUGUCAUUGCAAGAACGUCAACCAGAGAAGAGUACGAUUAAUUGUCUUUAACAAUAUUUGCUAUGCGUUUCAUUGUGUUAUUUAUAUUGGCAUAUCUUCCUCAACCAAGUGGAAACUGCGACGCCAGGUUUGAUCUAAUUUAUGAACGAUAUAACUGUAGUUGCUCGACAGCGUUGGAAAAAUUACCAGAUCACUGUGAAGACUUAAGAGAACAGGUCCUUCAAAAGUAUAAUGAUCAUAAAAAGACAGAACAAGACAAGACGUACGGAUCGGUUUAUAUGGCAACCAUACCUAUAGGAUCAUUAGGAAUACUUUUUAACACUCUGCUAAUAUUGGUGAUCCUUUGUGAUCCAUUGAAGAUCCUUCACCGUGGAGCAUGGAUGACUAUCAUAAAUCUUUCUAUAUCUGACGCAAUGGCUUCUUCAGCAAAGGUUGCAUCUUCAAUUGUCGCAAAAUGGUGGGAGAUCGAAAUCUCCGAAAAGUGGCAAAUUUACACAAAUGUCUUAUGGCAAUUUGGUUUGAUCGGCUCAUUCUUUUUUCUUACACUUCUCACAGUCCAGUCUUACAUGAUAGUUAAAUAUCCCGUAAAAAGCCGAUUUUUCAUGACAAGAAGAAGAGUUGUGUUCAUAAUUGGGAUCGGAUGGGUUGUAUCGUUGGGACUAGCCUUACCUGAAAUCGACGACAUUUCUAAAAAUACGAGAAUAUUUUUUGUGGCAACCGUGUCUGUUUUGGAGUUGGCUACAGUUAUUCAGGUCUUCAUGAAGAUAUUUAUAAUAAGAGAGAUUCUUGCACCGCGAGAAACCCUAACUAGCGAUACAAGAAACAAGAAGCAGAGAGAAGUCGCCAAAACGGUCAUCAUACUCAAUCUUAUUCUCAUUGUUACAGCCCUUCCAUAUUUUAUAGCAAAACAGAUUGAGUACAUAACUAGAAUAAACGACAGAGCUUCAGGUUUAAUGGUAUUAUUUUCAUAUUAUUAUGAGCCUGUUGCCAUAGUUAAUUUUGUCGUCAAUCCAAUAGUUUAUGCAUUGCGUCUAAAAGAUUAUCGAAACAGUUUGAUAUCUUUAUUCAUCCGUUGCAAAAAUUACAAUCAUGCUCCUUUUGUUAGGGUUAGCAGUAAAACAACGACAACAAAAGUGUAA